AUGGCUUUAUCCAAAGUGCUAGAACUCCCAUUUAGCAGAAGCACUGUUAUUAAAGGCUAUUUCCUCUCCUUGUCCUCUACAGUGAGUUCAUCUCCUGCAACUUUAAAAAGCAGAGUUUUCCUUCCUACUGAUACCAAUCAUGUUUGCCAGAUUAAAUUUUAUUAUUGGAUUGGUCACAUAAGUGGAAAAUUGAUGGUGGAACUCCAAAAGCAUGGUGAUGGUUCCUAUGAAAAUAUCUGGCAAGAAUCUGGAAGGCAACAAAAUCAGUGGAGAACAAAUAUAAUUACAAUCAAUAGCACUGACAAGUUUAAGGUUAUCAUUCAAGGGAUAUUUGAGACCCAGGGACAAGCUGAAACCAUCGCUGUUGAUGAUAUUUCUUUCAGUGAAGGAUGCAGUUCAGCCAGCCAUGGGAAGGAAUCAUCCAAUUUCGAAUUUGACAUGUGUGACUGGAAUUCCAAUGCAACGUUUGAACACGCAUCCUGGGCACACGUGAAAGCAGGGCAUAAUAUCCCCUCCAAUUCAAGUCCUCUGAGAGAGCAAAGCAAAGAUACUGAAGGCCAUUACAUGUGGGUAGGAGCUAAUGAUAACACAUUAUACAAAAUAGUUUAUUUUAACAGCUCCAUGUGUCAUUGCUUUGGCAAGAAUUGCUAUCUUCAGUUUUAUUACUCCAUGGCAGACAGCAGCAUUCUCAAAGUAGUACUGUAUAUUAAUAAGGAGGAACAAGUGCUGUGGGAGACUCAUACAUCAACUAACAAGGAAUGGGUCAGAGCUGAUGUGCAGGUACCAGCAGAUCUGAAAAAGAUAAAGCUUGCAUUUGAAGGAACUAUCCAUAGCAGGACAGGUUUUAUCUGUCUGGAUAACCUCCAGUUCUCAGACUCUGCAAGGCCACAAUCACCAGGGCUCUGUUCUUCAGGGAAGUUCAUCUGUGCCAAUGGCCAAUGUCUUGCCAGUGAAGCAGCCUGCGAUUAUCAUUUGGACUGCUCUGAUGGAAGUGAUGAAGAUCCAACAGUUUGUUCAAAUUAUACACUUUGUGACUUUGAGUCUGAUUUCUGUGGAUGGAAGCCAUUAAGCACAGAGGAUAUGGAAUGGAACAGAGUAAAAGGACAGACUUCCAGUGAUGUGAGUCUUCCUAACAGAGACCAUACAACUAAUGAUGAACAUGGAUCAUUCAUUUAUUUUGGUGGCUCACUGCUGACAAAUACAACACCAAUUAUAUCCAACCUCAGGAGUCCUGUCCUUACUAGGCUGUCUAGUGAACCAGCUCAGUGUCAGAUAAGAUUUUGGUAUCAGUUGUCUCAGGAUUCCCAGCUCUCUGUCUUCAAGAGAACUGUUCUUGAUGUGGAGAUUCAAAACCUAAGUGUGAUAUCAGGACUGUCCACGAUGCAAUGGACAAAGGCAACUAUUCUUAUAGGAAGCACAUCUGAAGAAAUGCCAACUCCUUUCCAGAUCAUUUUACAAGCUAUAGUUCCAUCAAAGAAUGCCACGGUCGCUAUAGAUGACAUCAGUCUAACGACAGAGUGUGGCGUUACCUACGAAUCACUUACAGAUAGCAUCAAAGGAAGCAAAGCUGCUAAGUGUGACUUUGAAAUAGACAACUGUGGCUGGUCUGAAACUGUAAGCACAGAUGCAUUUGACUGGGUAAGAAGCUCCAGAAGUGGUCUUCCAUCUGCCUUUCAGAAACAAGCUCCUGAACGCGAUCAUACCUAUAACAAAUCUGAAGGUCACUUUAUGUUCAUUUUGCAAAACGGCAGCAGCAUUUCGCAGGUUGCUCAGCUACGGAGCCCCAGGUUCAGUCAGACUGGCUCAGAUUGCACAGUGUCUUUCUGGUAUUACAAUUAUGGUGUCUCAGUUGGAGCAGCAGAAAUGCAACUGCAUAUUGAUGGGCUGAAGGACCCCACUGUUUUAUGGAGGAUAUACUAUAAUCAGGGUUAUCAGUGGUUAAAGGCCUUCAUUCAGCUUGGCCGCCUCCCUUGGUCUUUCCAGUUAUCAUUAGAUAAAAUUAGCCUUGGGUUUUAUGAUGGUGUUUCAGCGAUUGAUGACAUAACAUUUGAGAACUGUGCUCUUCCACCUCCAGCAGUAAGCUGUGAUACUCAUGAUCAUUUCUGGUGCAGAGACACGAGGGCUUGUAUAGACAGUUCAUUGGUUUGUGAUCUUGUGGAUAACUGUGGGGAUGGAUCUGAUGAGGAAAAUUGCAACCCUGAGCUACAAUGUAACUUUGAAAAUGGUCUGUGCAACUGGGAGCAAGACACAGAGGAUGACUUUGACUGGAUCAGAAAACAGGGCCCAACGCCAACGUUUUACACAGGACCAUUAAAGGAUCAUACUUUUGGCACAAUCAAGGGGCAUUAUCUUUACAUGGAAUCCUCAGAGCCUCAUGUGUUCCAAAAUACAGCAGCUUUGCUCAGUCCGAUUUUUAAUGCCACUUCCCCUGAUGGCAAUAAAAAAUGUAUUUUCCGCUUUCAUUAUCAUAUGUUUGGAAAGCAGGUUUAUAGUCUGUCAAUCUUCCAGAGAAUUGUGAGCAAUACCAAGGGACAUCUGCUAUGGUACAAGUUUGGAAAUCAAGGCAACAGAUGGAUAAGAGAGACAGUCUACAUUACUAGCCCUGAGCCAUUUCAGAUCUUGGUGGAGGGUACUGUAGGGGACGGUUUCACUGGAGACAUUGGAAUUGAUGACUUGUCUUUUAAGGACUGUAUCCUUUACAACGGAAUUUUGCCAACAGCCUCAACAACACCCUCUGGAACACGUAUUCCACCAACACUCCCUACAAACAACUGCACAGAGAAGGAAUUUGUCUGCAGAGCCACUGGCCACUGCAUACAGAGGAUACAGAAAUGUGAUUUCAGACCUGACUGCUCCGAUGAGUCUGAUGAAUCAUCUUGUGCCAUGAUUUUUUGUGAUUUUGAAGACAAAGGCCUAUGUGAAUGGUAUCAAUUGGCAACAGAAGUGGCAGCAGCAACUGUUUCGGUCUAUACAACUAAUACAUUCCAGUGGAGCCUUGGAAACGGAGCCAGUGUCCAUCCAGGGGAAGAAAAAUGCAGGCCACCAAAUGAUCAUACUGCGGCUACAAGGGAAGGCUGGUACCUUUAUGCAGACAGUUCAAAUGGAAACUUUGGUCACACUGCUGAUAUUGCUACUCCAGUCAUAUCUCUUACAGGACCCAACUGCAAGCUAGUAUUUUGGAACUAUAUGAAUGGUGCAACAGUGGGUUCUCUACAGGUACUCAGUAAAAUUGGUAAUGUGACGUCUGAACUUUGGGCUCAAAGUGGCAGCCAAGGUGCACAGUGGAACAGAGCAGAAGUGUUCUUAGGAGUACGCUCUGAUUUUCAGGUGGUUUUCCGGGCAAAACGUGGUGUCAGUUAUUUGGGAGAUGUGGCAGUCGAUGAUAUUUCCUUUGAAGACUGUUCCCCUUUGCUCAUCCCAGACAGACCCUGCACUUCAGAAGAAUUCACAUGUGCCAACAAGUACUGUAUCCCAAAGGAUAAUCUGUGUGAUUUUAUGAAUGACUGUGCUGAUAACUCAGAUGAGAGCCCUAACAUUUGCAGUACAUCCAUAGGGCGUUGUGAUUUUGAAUUUGAUCUUUGUGACUGGGAGCAAAGCAGGAAAGAUGACUUUGACUGGAAUCUCAGAACUGGCAGCACUCCAAAAAUUGGUACUGGGCCAACUGCUGAUCAUACUUUGCAAGGGCCAUCUGGUCAUUACAUCUUUAUAAAGAGCUCAUUCCCUCAGUUGCCAGAGCAGAAAGCCAGGAUUUCUAGUCCCAUGCUAAGUGGAAACAGCAAAAAUUGCAAGAUACUCUUUUAUUACCACAUGUAUGGAGCCAGCAUUGGUUCUUUAAUUGUCUAUCAAGUGACAUCCUCAGGGCAAGAAAAAGUCCUCCUCAACCUGACUGGAAACCAAGGGAAUUACUGGCAGAGACAUAUAUUGGGCCUGGAUGCAGAUGAAGACUUUCAGGUUACCUUUGAAGGACAUGUUGGGAAAGGCCCCAAGGGUGACAUAGCACUCGAUGACAUCACAUUCACCAAGGAAUGCUUGCCAUCAACAGAUGUCUCACUAGAAGAACCUUCAGCACUACCUCCAACAGGCUCCUGCUCACAUGGCUAUUGGGAAUGUCAGAAUGGCAAAUGUUACAGACCAGAACAAAGCUGUGAUUUUGCGGAUGACUGUGGGGAUAAUACCGACGAGAAUGAAUGCGGUACUUCCUGCACCUUUGAAAGAGGCAGAUGUGGUUGGCAAAAUUCCCUAACUGACAACUUUGACUGGACUCUGGGAGACGGCUCGCCUCAAAGUCUUAGACCUCCCAAGGAUCACACGCUUGGAAAUAAAAAUGGGCAAUUUCUGUAUCUUGAAGCUACGCCAAUAGGAUUAAGAGGAGAAAAAGCCCACGUGAAAAGCUCUCGAUGGAAAGAAUCAAGGUCAGAUUGUAUGAUGAGCUUCUGGUACUUCAAGUCAUCCAAAGCCACAGGAGAUAUUCACGUUCUCAUUAAGACUGAUAAUGGAAUUUCAAGAAUAUGGAGUGAGUCUAGAAAUCAUGCUGGUGAGUGGAAGAAAGCAGAAAUACACCUGGGGAAAUUGAGGAAUUUUGAGGUCCUAUUUGAAGGCAUUCGUGCCAAAGAUCUAGGAGGAGGAGCAGCAAUAGAUGACAUUGAGUUCAAGAACUGCUCCACAAUUGGAGAGAGUCCUAGAGAAUGCCCAGCAAUCACUGAUUUUGUGUGUUGGAACAAGAAUUGCAUUGAGUCUCACCUUGUUUGUGACUACAAACCAGACUGUGAGGACCAAUCUGAUGAAGCUGACUGCAGUCACUAUACAAGUAUUCCUGGAAGCUGUAACUUUGAAACACAGGACCAAGAAUGGACUGUUAUGUGUGGUUUCACACAAGAUGUUGGAGAUACUUUUGAUUGGAGUAUUGGCAAUAGCAGCAUCACCAAGCAAAAUGGUUCUGGGGCUGACCAUACACCAGGUAAUGGACAACAUUUUUUGUAUGUCAACUCAUCUUCUCAGAAGACAGGGGACACAACAAGGAUAGUUACUACUAGUUUCUUCCCAGCCAGCCUUGGAGUGUGUAGAAUUCGGUUCUGGUUCUGGUUGUGUGAUUCUAGGCAAACAGGAUCCUUAAAGGUUUACACUGUUGAAGAACAUGGUAUGGAUAUUCUCAUGUGGUCUUCAAGCAGGAAAAAAGAAAGGACGUGGAUGUAUGCAAAUGUGGUCCUCUCCAGUAACAGUCCUUUCAAAGUUGCAUUUGAAGCUGAAGUGGGGGCAAAUGAGCUCACAGAAUUUGCUCUUGAUGAUAUUUCUUUCACUCCUGAAUGUAUGGCUGGAGGACCGACCAAACCCCAGCCUCCAACCUGCAAUAGGGACCAGUUCACCUGCAUGUAUGUCCAGCAAUGUCUGUCUCCUGCUGUAAAAUGUAAUGGGGUAGAAGACUGUAUGGAUGGAACAGAUGAAAUUAAUUGUUCUACUGAGAUACCAGCCACUGUUUCUCCAUGGCUUUGCAAGGACACAGAGUUCCUGUGUAAUAAUAAUCAAGGAUGUAUCCCAUCACUCCUGAGAUGUGAUGGUGUGCCUGACUGUCAGCUUAAUGAAGAUGAAGUGGAUUGUCCCAUUAAAGAUUGCUUCAAUGGUUCUUUGUUGUGUACAUCAACUAACAGAUGUAUUCCACUCUCUCAGCGUUGUGAUGGUAUCUCAAACUGCAUUGAUUUCAAUCUUGAUGAAUCCAGCUGUUCAGAUUGUCCUGAUGGCUAUUGCAAAAAUGGAGGAACCUGUAUCAUCAAAGAAGUUAUUCCUUUAUGCCAAUGUGUAGAAGAAUGGAGAGGAAAUCGUUGCCACAUUAAGGUUACGACUCCCCAAGCACCAGGUUCCAUUCUCCUUCAAAAUGGUAUUUGGACCGGGUUGGGUGUCGGAUUAACUCUCUUGCUGAUCGAAAUUGCAGUCAUUGUCUUCUGUUUCCUUUCAAAAAGGAAAAUGCCCAAAACGAAACAAGAGGAAAUCCCUACAACUUCAUUUGCCAACCCAUUGUAUGAGGAUUGUAGCUCAUCUAGGGAACAAGAGCCUACAGCAUAUGUUACCUCACCCUCUGUUCAAAUCAGUGUUUCUCCAUGGCAGACACUACAAGAGAAUUCUUCCAACAAAGACCAACACGUGCCUUCCUUUGCCAAUCCUCUCUACGGCAAAGCAAUAGGAAAAAUGGAGAAUUUACACAAUACCUUGAAAUAGGGAUUGAAACAGUAUACAACUUUCCUUUUGGCUGAAGAUUUUUUUUUUCUUUGAAAUCUAGUGGAAAGUUUGUUAUGAUAUUUUAGCAUUAGUAAUUUGAAGGAAAGUGGAAUAAUUCUUCUAUUAGAAUAAUUAUACUCUAAAUAUAACACUACAUUGAAAAUAGCAUCCAUGCAUAUGUAAAAGUAUAGUCCUAUGUAAUAUUUCUGUUGGCACAAAAAUAGACUAGUUACUGGAACUAUGAAUUCAUUGCACAUUUGAGCAGUUCAAAUGCAGUGUAUGAAUAAAAAGAAAGUUUCACUUAAUCAGAACCAGAUUCUUAGGGUUUGGAGGUUCUAAUUUUACUGCUAUUAUUGAUAAAUCGUGACUCAGAUAUUUUUAUAAUUCUGAAUCAUUACAAGACUGUAAAUGGUUAUUUUUGUAAUGGUAAUGGUUUAUUUUGAAAGAACAAAAGUGAAAAGAUACUUGUAGAAUCUAAAUAAGAACAACAGGCUAGAUCAGGGUGUGAUAGACUUAAUCUUGGACCUGAACACCAAUUCUGCAUGUAAGUCAGAGAUAUGACGUGCUAUAAUAUACACUUCAAAUCCCCUUCUGGCCAGCUCCACACCAGUCUGCUACAGGUUUGGUGGUUGAUAUGGGGUAGGAAAGGGUUUGUAUCAGAAGGCGACACGUUUCUGAAUAGUUUGGCCUCCCCCACAACCCAUAACUCUGGCUCCCAGUUUUCAUGUCUUUGAAUGAUGAAAAGGAAUUUGGGGGGACACCACUGGGUUGCAUCCUAAAUCUGAGUGUCAUCAUCUGUGAUGUGAGAAAUAGAUGCGAGUUUACAUUCAAGCAACGUUGUCAAUAUAUGUUCCUCCAUCAUUCCUGUUAGAUUUAAGCAGCUGACCUUUUUAUUUUAUUCUCUUAUGGAAUGACCUACAGUCAUGGAAAAAGGCUCUUUCUUUAGAAUUUUUACCAUAAAAUAUUGUAGUCUUCUAGGGGGAAAAUGUUUCUCAUCUUAUUGAUAUAACAAAUAGGGAGGUAGAUACAAAAUUCAUUUACCGUACUACACUUGCAAGCACUGUCAAUCAGGCUUGAUUCUCCAAGUUGGCAAGUACCUUCAGAUCCUGAGUUCAAUAGCAUUUCAAUUAGAUCAGCAUGAGUGAGUUGCCUUAAGCAUUGUCGACAGGUUCUUAGACUCCCACAUGAUCAAGUCUUAUUAGUUGACUUCUCUGUAGUAGCUUGACUUUGCUUUCAAAACUGCAUCAGUGCUGUGAAACCCUGAAAUGCUGUGUGUUGUAGCCCCUACACAUUGUGUUAUAUUUUACUGUGCUGUAAACAAUGAUAAUGAAAGCAAACACAAUUUAAAAAUACCUAAAUUUGAUAGUAGAAUUUUACCCAGAGUCCUCUUAAUGAGGAAAAUCAAUUCAUUUUACUACUGUAUUGAACUCUGGAAACUGCACAGGAGACAAAAGGAGGGUUCUCAAAUUUAUAUAGGGGAUUCUGGAGGGAUAGGGUUACAGGCCAGUAUCUAGGAGACUGGAAAAAAUAUGGGUGAACAAACAUUAAGGUACAUACAGUUAGAAUAUACAUAACAGACAGUAACAAUGACUCAAUGAUAAAACCCUUCAGAGACAAAUAGCAAGAUAAGAAAUAAGGAAUACAGGUUUCCCUUGCAUUAUGCUGAACAUGCGUUCUUGGAAAACAGCGCAUAACUCAAAGUCGCAUAAUGGGAACCCAUUUUACAAUGUAACUAAUAGGGAUAUGUUCCAAGACCUGAACUGUACUGACCCCCAGACCCAUUUCUACCACUUCAAAAAGACAAUUUUGGUACUCAACAACAGCAGACAGUACACACAAACACAGGGGGGUGAAUGUUUAGUUGGUGUGAGGGAAGAGAGGGUGGUGAAGACUUCGUUGAUGAGAGGGGUAGGAGAUAAGCUAGCGGGACACUUAGAAGCUAUAAUGGGGAUGGCAACUACAGAAACACGUGUCGCAGACAAUGAGCAAGGAGCACAGAUCCACACAGGAGACUAUAUUUUGGUGUGCGUCACUCCCACAAUGCACCACACAAAGCAGUUGACGUGGGCUUCCACCACACCAAUCGCAUAAGAGUGAAUUUACCUCACAUAUAAUGAAUUUUUGUUAUUAAAAGGGUCAUCGCAUAAGAGCUAAUUCACACAUACAGAACCUGCAUAAAGCAAGGGAAACUUGUAUUAACAAUGUGAUGCAAUACACUGAAGAAACCUUAAGCCCCCCCCCUUAACUCUAGGGGAGCUCUCAAACCAGUCACUAGCCUCAAAGAACACUCAAUUAAUAUGUACCUGAUCUCCCCCUCUGAGCCGGUCCGAGCCCUGCUGCAUCUCACUGACUGCUGCUUUUCUCCCUUUCUCUCUCUCUCCCUCUCUCUCCACUGGGCUAUUUCUUUCUGUGCAAUCCUGGCUCCCCUUCUACUUCUAUCCUCUUUCCCCAGCAACCUGCUGGAACAGUUGUUCCUGCCAUGAGGUUAUAGUCCAUUAUACUACUAAGUUAAUGUGCUUAAUAAAGGCUUAGAAUUGUAAGCAAAUAUAAUGGAGAAACUUAGUGAAAUCCCAAAUACUGUAUAUCUUAGCAAUAUCCAUUUUCUGUCACAUAAAAUGAGAUCUGUCAGUCUUCAGGGUUAUUUCUACAGCAAGGUGAGACUUAGCUAAAUCAUCUUCAGAUUUUGCAUUUAGAAAGUACUUUAAAAGAAAGUGUAAAAAUCAGACUUUUCCCCUUUCAUCUUCUGACCUUCAGUCAUAACACUUAUUGUACCAAGAACAAAAGAUUCAUUUAUGUCUCCUAAAUGGUAACUACCUUGUGCUUGACAGCUGAAUAAGCAGCAGGCUCAGACAACUGGAUUCAAGAUACUGUUGUUUCCAUCUGUUUCACUGGAACUUUGCAGUAAGUUGCCUACAUGCAGUCUUUCUUACUUGAACUAAACAGGGAAAAUUCACAUUUUCAUGGUUACAACUUUGUUUUAAAAAUCUAAAACAAAUUCUGGAAAUAAAAUAAAAUUUCUUAAAUCUU